AUAAAUUAGAAGAUUAUGGACCUACCUGAACUAUACUCAAAAGUUUGAGGGCCACCAGUUUUAAUCCAAACAAAAGGUUUUUGUAAUGGCGAAGGCGAUAGAACAAUCCCAUCACGAUCUCAAUCUUCUCCACUUCUCUGGCAAUCGUUCUCGAUUAAGAGAAUCAUUUAAGUGUUCCUGAAGGGAAUCAAAGGGAUCAGGUUUAUCUUACUCAGAAUAGUAACUAUUAAGAGAGAAAAUGUCAAGUGGACCUGUGGGGAGGGUCUCUCAGCAAGAUAAACAGCUGGUGCAAAAGCUUAUAGAACGAUGUCUUCAACACUACAUGAACCAGGAGGAAGUAGUUGAAACUCUACUGGAUGAGGCAGAAAUAGAACCUAGUUUUACAGAACUUGUCUGGCAAAAUCUUGAGGAAGAAAAUCGAGAAUUCUUUGAGGCAUAUUAUCUCAGGUUAAUGGUGAAGCACCAAAUAAUAGAAUACAAUAAGCUGCUUGAGCAACAGGUGCAGUUGAUGCAUCAGAUGCGUCCAACUGGGUUCUCUUCAAUAUCUACUUCUAAUGGAUCUCAUAUCCCACCAAUGCCUCAGAACUCAGCCUGCUAUCCCCUGGAGAAUGCAGGACCAUCUUUGAAGCAGGAGGAUUUUCACCAUCCUAUUGCUCCCAGCUUGCCCAAUGUAUUCACUAAUGGCAGUUCAUCUGUGCAUACUGGUAUGUAUGCUGCUGUCGAAAUACCUGCCCAUCCUGGUAGGGUUGAUGCCCCACCAGCCAUGCUUUCAAGUCAGAGCUCAAACAUGGGUCUGAUGCAGGGAAUAAAUGGCAGACUAGUCAAACCCGAACCUGGUUUUGCAGGCAGCACGCCUUACAUGUUUGGUGCUGAUGGCAAUGUCCUGGAGGCAUGCCCGCCAUUUGGGGAUGCAUCUGUUGCUGUUGCAUCAUUCGGUGGUGUAGAGUCAAGCUCACAACCCCUGAAUGACCCACUUCUGGAUGCAGACAUUUCUUCAAUUGGAAUUUUAGAUAUACUGGAGAGCUACGCUAGUUCACCUUUCCUGGCAACAGAUAAUGAAAAUUUCUUUGAGUCACAUGAAAGAGAACAUCAAGGAGACAAUAGAAGGUUGGACACCAUACAAGAAAGGUUGAGUUUCAAAGAUUACGGUCAAUGACUAUCCCCUUCAACUUAAGGGUCCAACUACCAUUCCAGACUGAACGUUUUGUAUAUAUCAUUUUAGAAAUCAACUCCUUGAUUGGUCUGUAGAAGCACACGCUGACCUCAUUGUCCAAUGACGAGAAUUUUCUUUAGGAUUUGAGAAGAAAAGGUUCGAAUAGAUAAGCAUACAUAAUUUUCUGUGUUCAUGGGAUGAUCUCAUACUCUUAGAAUCAGUUGACAGUUUGGUUGUGCUGAAUAAUCAUAUGCUUGAAAUCUUCCAACAAAAAAUUAUUGUGUGGUCCAGACCAUAUAACUUAAACCAUUACAGGGGAUGAACCCCUUGUUAUUAGGGGUUGUGCUUCAUCCAACAAUUCUUAUUUGCAGUUUCAUACAAUUCAAACUGCAGCUUCAAACUGCAAA